ACCGCCCCGCCCUCCGCAGAGGCGAAGACGUCAUUGAGCAGCGACGCGCACUUUUAGGACGCGUUGGUGACCCGCCUUCCGGAAGGAAUCCCCAGCGGCUAACUAUGGCUACCGCCACGGAGCAGUGGGUGCUGGUGGAGAUGGUACAGGCGCUCUACGAGGCUCCUGCUUACCAUCUUAUUUUGGAAGGGAUUCUAAUACUCUGGAUAAUCAGACUUCUUUUCUCUAAGACUUACAAAUUACAAGAACGAUCUGAUCUUACAGUCAAGGAAAAGGAAGAACUGAUUGAAGAGUGGCAACCAGAACCUCUUGUUCCUCCUGUCCCGAAAGACCAUCCCGCCCUCAACUACAACAUCGUUUCAGGCCCUCCAAGCCACAAAAUUGUGGUGAAUGGAAAAGAAUGUAUAAACUUUGCCUCAUUUAAUUUUCUUGGAUUGUUGGAUAAUCCUAGGGUUAAGGCAGCAGCUUUAGCAUCUCUAAAGAAGUAUGGCGUGGGGACUUGUGGACCCAGAGGAUUUUAUGGCACAUUUGAUGUUCAUUUGGAUUUGGAAGACCGCCUGGCAAAAUUUAUGAAGGCAGAAGAAGCCAUUAUAUACUCGUAUGGAUUUGCCACCAUAGCCAGUGCUAUUCCUGCUUACUCUAAGAGAGGGGACAUUGUAUUUGUAGAUAGAGCUGCUUGCUUUGCUAUUCAGAAAGGAUUACAGGCAUCACGUAGUGAUAUUAAGUUAUUUAAGCAUAAUGACGUGGCUGACCUCGAGCGACUACUGAAAGAACAAGAGAUCGAAGAUCAAAAGAAUCCUCGCAAGGCUCGUGUAACUCGGCGUUUCAUUGUAGUAGAAGGAUUGUAUAUGAAUACUGGAACUAUUUGUCCUCUUCCAGAAUUGGUUAAGUUAAAAUACAAAUACAAAGCAAGAAUCUUCCUGGAGGAAAGCCUUUCAUUUGGAGUCCUAGGAGAGCAUGGCCGAGGAGUCACUGAACACUAUGGAAUCAAUAUUGAUGAUAUUGAUUUUAUCAGUGCCAACAUGGAGAAUGCACUUGCUUCUAUUGGAGGUUUCUGCUGUGGCAGGUCUUUUGUAAUUGACCAUCAGCGACUUUCCGGCCAGGGAUACUGCUUUUCAGCUUCAUUACCUCCCCUGUUAGCGGCUGCAGCAAUUGAGGCCCUCAACAUCAUGGAAGAGAAUCCAGGUAUUUUUGCAGUGUUAAAGGAAAAGUGCAGACAAAUUCAUAAAGCUUUGCAAGGCAUUUCUGGACUGAAAGUGGUGGGGGAGUCCUCUUCUCCAGCCUUUCACCUACAACUGGAAGAGAGCACUGGGUCUCGUGAGCAAGAUGUCAGACUGCUUCAGGAAAUUGUAGAUCAAUGCAUGAACAAAAAUAUUGCAUUAACCCAGGCGCGCUACUUGGAGAAAGAAGAGAAGUGCCUCCCUCCUCCCAGCAUUCGGGUUGUGGUCACAGUGGAACAAACAGAGGAAGAACUGGAGAGAGCUGCGUCCACCAUCAAGGAGGUGGCCCAGGCCGUCCUGCUCUAGGCCGAGUCUCAAGGCUGCGGCCUCCUGCCACACAGCACGCAGACAGGACUCAGCACUCCCGCUGGCCAGGGAGGGGCCUGAAGGAGAGCAAGAACAUGUGGAUCUUUUAUAGGAUUGUUACCAAAUGGUGCCAGUGUGGACCAAUUGUGUGAACAUGAGAAGGAUGCUUAUUUUUUUUAAAAGAGAACACAUCUAAAAGCCCAGGAACUGAUUUUUUUAAAGAGGAAAACUAAUGACAGUAUAUAACUGAUAAUUAAAUUGUGCAUUUAGUACUAUUUAAAUGUUUUAUUAUACUAGUAUUUUGUAUUCUUUUGUUGCGGUUUAAAACUGGAGCUUCAGUUUCUCUGCUCUCCCUUCUAAUAGUAAGGAUUCAGUAAGCACUCCUCAACUCCUUAGUAUUUCAUAGAAAAAUGACUGUAGUUUUAAAGCUUAGAAGAAAACUUCAACAUAUGUGGUACAAAUUUAUGAUCUAAUUAAACCACGUAUUUUCCAGUCUUUGUCAUGUGAAUCUAAAUGGUGGCUAAAAGGAACACUUUUUCUGUGGUUAUUAUAAACUUAGCAUUGUAUUUGAAUCCUAGAGCUUUUAUACACACUAAAUAUUGACGUCACACCAUUUCCAAUGUCAGCAUCCCUAACCAGAGAAUAUUCAUUAUACUUCCUAAGUGAGCAGUAAUUUAACUCAGAAGCUAUUUUAUUUUAAUAUAAUUGACCUCUCUUUACAUUUCUGAUGUGUUCACCUCUAAUCUGUUUUAGGAAGAGGGUUGGUUAUUAUGGUGAUCCCAGAAUAUAAAUCAUAUUCUUUAUAUUUAAGAGUAUCUCAAACGUAUUCCUUUUUUGUAUGGUGGGUUUGCCUAGGGACAUGUAACUACAGGCCUUUUCUAAGCUAAGGAAAAAGAGAAUUUUUCUUUUCCACUUACAAAUUUCAGGUCUCUACAGAAGAUGUGAAAGCACUAAAAAUACCAUUUCUAAGCUGUACUUUGCCUGGUUUUUCUUUAGCAAACCAGGUUACAUGGCGUAAAGGUUUGUUAUAUGUGCCACAAGAUAGCAUAUAAAUAUUAUGCCAUCAUUCCUUCUCUUGUUAAAGGUAGAAUAAAAUUGUCAUUUUUAUAAUCUAUACUCCAUAGUACUCAAAUGGUCUUCAACAUCUUUUUAAAUAACGUGUUUUUUGAAUGUUCAGUUUCUAUUUUGCUUGAGGUAUUUUGUACGUAUGUGCCUUGUGAUUGCUGCUGCUUUAAAGGAUAAAGUACUCUUUGGGGGGGUGAGUCUGUUUUGUUUUGUUUUAUUUUUUAAUUAAAUAAACCUACAUUCCUGA